UUCGUUUCUUUUUUAACAAUUCGUAUAACUCUCGAAUAUCCUGACAUUUCAAUUGGACUUAAUCAUUCGUUUUGCUUAGAAAGUUUUUUUGUUAAUUUGAAAAAAAAUUAAAUUCGUGUAAAUCAUCAACCACAACCAACACAAAAAUUGUUUUCAAUCAAAAAUAGAUAACAUCUGCAGUGCCCUCAAUUUCGAUUUUAUUCGAUUUGUUUUAUAUUUCGAAUCAAUUUUUCGUUUUCAUACAAUUUUGUGUUCGAACAACACCUUCCAAAAAAAAUAAUAAUUUUAGAUUAAAAGAGCAAACGAAGAAAAGAAGAAUUUGUCUAGUGUUUCAAUAGCAAUUAGAUACAAAUCGAAGGGACUGAUUAGUAAAUAAGUGUUUUGUACCAAAUCCUUGUUGUUCGUAAUUAAAAAUAUUUUACCAGUGAUAAUGUGUGGAGUGGCUGCAGUUUUUUAGCAUUCGCUAAUUAUUUACAAUUGUGUUCAAGUGUAAACCACGGUUAGGUGAAUUACCGUAUGGCAGCGCGUCGGGUGAAACGUUUUCAAAUUGGUGAUAACUGUUCACCAUUGUCUUUUGUACCUGUAAGGAGAAAAUCGAGAUUUGUCGAUCCAUCAGUAAGUCUUGUUACACGAAUGUGUUGAAUGAAUUGAACUGACGAGUGAAACAAUAAUUUCUUCUCUUCCUCUCCCACACAGAUUAUCCGCAUGAUAGCCCUACAAUUAAAUCAACAUAGGCGUCAAUUCUGUCGCGACUUAACAGAAUGGAUGCCGAUCAAUUGCGCAUUAACGAUAUCCAAUUCGAAACUAACUUUAAGAACAAAAGAAUUUCAAAAUAUCCGCCAAAAACGGAAACCAACCGUAGUGAAACAAUCGAUCAAUCGAACAUUAGUGCGAUCUCAUCAUCUGAACUAAAUGGCAUAGCUAGCAAUAGUUGUGCACACGAAUCGAUGUCACUUAGCAAUGGCAUUGAUCCAGACACUUAUGAGUCAAUUAAAAAAGUGAAUUACGAGCAACAUGACAAUGUGAAAGUUCAUAGUGAAAACGGUGGUGGUCCUACGGUAGAUGUGUGUGAAGUCAAUAAUGUUCCAAAUGCCAAUGUUUAUUUGUGUAAUCAAUUAACGGAUAACGACUGUGUUAAUAAGCCUUUGCUGUCUGAACAACAAACCAAAUCGCGUAAACCGAAAAGUAUUGUGAAAAGUCCAUCGUCAAUGGGAUUCGGAGCGGAAAGAUCAGCUGCUGAAUUUGUUGCUCCCAAAUUAAGUCUACCAGUUGUCGGAUACGACAACGAACGACCGGUGCUGCAUGUUCAAUUCCAGCACACAAACGGUGUAGAAGCAUCUGGCUACGCGGUAGAUAAAUCGAAUCAAUGUAGCAGUCCGGCCAGUAGUGUAUCGUCAACAUCGUCCAGCUCUAGUUCGAGUGACGACGAAUCUAUCGGUCAAUAUUCAGAGGCGAAACCUCCGGACGGAGGCUGGGGCUGGGUCGUUGUUUUUGCAUCAUUUUUCGUUAACUUAAUUGCGGAUGGGAUAACGUUCAGUUUUGGUGUCAUUUACGUUGAGUUCUUGAACUACUUCAACGAGGGUAAGGCGAAAACAGCUUGGAUUGGUUCAUUAUUUAUGGCCAUGCCACUGUUGUCGGGACCAAUAGCCUCAUUUCUGACGGAUCGAUAUGGUUGUCGUAAGGUUACAAUUGCCGGUUCAAUAUUAGCGUCGCUGGGAUUCGUCAUUUCGUCAUUCAGCACUUCCAUGGAAAUGCUGUUCUUCACAUUCGGCAUACUCGCCGGAUUCGGGUUGAGUUUGUGUUACGUAGCUGCUGUUGUUAUCGUUGCGUACUACUUUGAUAAACGUAGAUCGUUUGCAACGGGUUUGUCGGUAUGCGGCAGUGGCAUCGGUACGUUUAUAUUCGCCCCAUUGACCCAAGUUCUGCUGGAAAAUUAUGGAUGGCGAGGAACGACGUUGAUAUUGGCGGGAUUGUUCUUGAACUUGACGGUGUGUGGUAUGUUAAUGCGAGAUUUAGAGUGGACAACUCAUCGGGCUAAGUUGAAAGCCAAGGAACGGAAAAAGAAUAAGCUUGGAGUGUCUGCCGAAUCAUUUUCCGCAAGCAACAGUACCAACACCGGUGGAACUAGUAGUAAUAUGCAGCAGCCAUUUAACAUCGGAGAAAAUGAUCUUGGUGUGGGUAAUGAAGAUGGAUACCAUGCACGACCAUUCAGUUCGUUGAUAACUCUUCCAACGUUCAUCAGAAAUGGUGAAAAGGUUCCCAUGGAAGUCCUGGAACUGAUGUCGACGCAUCGAAAUGGUCGUAACACUUUCAUGCAUACUGGCCUAUCGUACUCGCGUAGUUUCAGCGAACCUUUAUCGUCGUCUCGUCAUUCUAAUGUCAUGUCACCGGAAUCUACCUUAAGUCCAACCAAUCCCGAACGUUUACGCUACGAAAAAACCAAAUGUCGUAAAAUUGAGAACGAGCAAGCGUUCCUAACAUUCCUGAAACGUGACGGCGGUAUCCAUCAUCAAAAGGAUCGCCAGAAAGAUGCUUAUUUAAAGGACAUCAAAAUGCACCGUCAUUCGCUUACCUAUCGUGGCGCCAUGUUGAAUAUAAAUCGAUACCGUCUCCGUGCUUCGUCGUGUCCGGAUAUCUACCGCAACUCAAUGACAACAAUUGCCAAAGAGAAAACGCAGUGGAGUCAGGGCGUCGACGAGCUGAAAAAUGUUUUGCUCGACAUGGUGGACUUCUCGUAUUUUGCUGACAUGCGAUUCCUGUUGUUUGCCGUUUCGAAUUUCUUUUUGUAUACGUGGUACGAUGUCCCGUAUGUGUAUUUGACUGACAAUGCUAUACAAAUGGGUUUCACCGAAACGGACGCAUCCAUAUUGAUAUCGGUCAUCGGAAUCGUUAAUAUGGUCGGCGAGAUCAUUUUGGGAUGGUUCGGCGACCAAAAGUAUUUGACCGCUGGCGUUAUCUACGCCAUUUGUAUGGGAUUUUGUGGAAUAACAACGGCUCUGGUUCCGUUAAUGAAAUCUUAUGUCGGUCUGAGCGUAGUGUCUGGAUUAUUCGGUUUAUUUAUAGCGGCUAAUUACGCUCUCACAAGUAUUAUCCUUGUCGAAUUGAUUACACUGGAACGAUUCACCAACGCUUACGGUCUUCUGUUACUCAUCCAAGGGAUUGCGAAUUUAGUUGGACCACCGUUAGCUGGAUGGAUCACCGAUCUCACUGGAAACUACGAUCUAGCCUUCUACUUAUCCGGAUUCUUCAUUUGCAUCUCUGGGGUAUUGAUGUUUGUCCUACCUGUUCAUGGAAAAUACAAAAAAUAUCGAGAAUUACGACAACAGAACUCACAAUGCGACGAGGAUGUUACGCACACCCAAACAACGUGCAACGGAACGUCAAUCAGCAUCAGCGAUAAGUUUAGCAAAACUUUGUUUAAAAAUGGCGAUCGAAUCAACGAGGUUUAGGAUCGUUGGUGUGGUGAUUUUUUUUUUUUGGUUUAAGUUACAUUUUGAAGUUUGUUUCGAAAAAGGAAACCUUAUAAAUCUCAUCAUAAAACCCAUUGGAAAUUGAAAAAUCAAUUUGGUUUUAAGAUUAAAUAAUUUUCAAUUUGAUUGUGUCGUAUUGUUUUAAGUAUAUGAUCACAGAGGUUGAUUAUACAAUUAUACUAAACACCACCGUUGAAGUCACAUUAAUCAUUGUAUAUGAUUACACAUUCAAACAACCAAACCAAAACAAGCAAAAGAAGAAAAUAUUUUACAUUUUACCAAAGUAAUCGAGAUAAUGUUUUCAAAGUUAUAUAUUUAGCUCACGUUUCUUGUAGACAACAAUUUAUAUUCAAAUAUUUAUUACGAACUUACCACUGAUGAAUAAAUCCUUACUACUACUACUACCCCAGCGCCCAAAUAUACGGAGGAUUUAUUGUCAAUGAUAUAAAACAAAGGCAAGCAAACACACACACAUACCAUACACACACACACACACACGAUUUUCGAAUAUUAAUUACAAUUGCGAAGGCUAAUUAAUAGUUUUUAAAAACAUAAAUUAAUUAAAUAAAAUGAAAACAAAUUACCAAAAUGCUAUUAUCUCAUGACUGGAUCAUCACCAAAUUAUUUAUUUCAUUCGUGUCAGUAACAGAUAGUCCCCCCCCCACUUCAAUAUCGUUGCAUUGAGACUUUAAUGAUCUUGGGAAAUUUAACGAAACCAUUAUAGAAAUGGACAUCAUCGACUGCAAAUGAUUGGCAUAAGUUUAGCUAAGUUCGUUACGAUGAUGCUAGUGGAAUAGGUUAGGUUAGCGAGUAUCACGAAGAUUUAUCCGAAUAUAUCAAUUUCGUCGAAGCAUCCCAGUCUGGUGUAUCGCAUGGAUCAGGUGAUUCUUGAAUAUCAUAACGGAAUUCACGUAUAAAAUGAACCAAAAAUAUUCUUCAAGUAAUGGAUCAUUUUGGCCGAGCGUAAACUGCAAUGUAAUGAUCAAUUCUUUGACUCACUCUUUGCACCUCCGGGAAAUGAAUCAUUAUUGCAAUGACAUGAGCGUUUAUAGUAGAAGAUCGCCUAUGGCUCGAGGUGGAAAUGUCACACUGGUCAAAAAAGCAAUCACCAAACCAUUACGUUGUAUACUCACGAAAACGAAUUUUAACGCACUGAUACAAAAAUUUCGUCAACAUACGUCCAGUAUGUAUGAAAUGGCUCGCAGACAGCUUCAUUUCGGACAUGUAUAUUCCAACGUCUGACAUGUAUAUCGUACAUGUUCGACGCAUAAACAUGCGAGUGACACGAAUAGUCACGAGCAGCAUGAAUGAAUAUGCGUCGGACAUGUACGAUCCACAUGUCAGACGUUGGAAUAUACAUAUCCGAAGUAAGGCGGAAAUGACAGCCAUUUCAUACACACUGGACGUAUAUUGAUGACAUGUUGUUGUCAGUGCGGAUGGGGCUGCUGCGAGGAAGACUCAUUUACUCACAGCAGCCCAUGGAAAUUAUUCAAAUCCUUACUUGGGGCAACAUCAAGUUAUUUAUCCAUUCGGGACUCUUUGGAAGUUACUCGCGCAAUGUGCUAUGCGUAAUGUUUCGGAUAUCAUUAUUGGGGCAAUGCAUGCAUGGCUGGCCUUGACAUAAAUCAUCGAAGUUUUCGUCUUGUUUUUCGUAUUGCUGAGGGGGAUGCUUCGUGAAAAUGAAAAAUGUUGAGAUCAAUUCUUUACCUUUUACAAGCGGCUGAUCGUCUGUUAUCAUUAGCAGCGACGAAAAUAUAAAUUAUUGUACUUUUACAGUAAACUGAUUUGUUAAACAAAUGAAGUAAAAGAUUAAUGCGUUAGUGCGUUAGUUAAACAAAUGAAGUAAUAGACAACAUUAUCGCUUCUGAAAGGUACAAUUGAAGUUUAAAUGAAAUCAGGAAUUUUCUUAUGUUUAGUAUACAUGGAUUGUGACAUUUCGUUGAACUGACUACAUGCACCGCCAAGACUUCCAUAUUUUUUAUUUUAAAUUCUGCACUUCGACGAAACUUUUCUUUCAGAAAAAGAAACCUUAAUGAAACACUCAUAAAGCCAAAUUUUGAAAGCGAUUUCCUUCCAUUAACGCUGUACUAAAGUAUUUUUUCCGACACUCAUUUGCAGUCAAAUCACUUUCCAUCGACCACAUUCAAUUCGGUAGAUCCACCAAACUUCAUCUUCAUCAUUUGAAGCGAAUGCUUAUUGCAAGUUCGAGAUCAAUUUAAUGAAUAAUGUAUCAUUCAGCAAGUGCAAGCACAUCUUUCAUUGAUACAAAAAACUUUGUAGAGUAAAAAUAAUUAGAAAAAAAGCAAGAAAAAGCUAUAAUCGCCACUCAUUUUUCUCACAUGCCUAUUAUAAAGACAAGCGCGUCUUCGACACAAUAAAAAUAUGUUAACCAUUUCAGAGAGGAAAAAACGUUGAAACUGAGGGAAAAAUAAUGGUAAAUGAUGAUAAACGUACAUAAUUAUGAUAUUACAUUGAACUGUGAUCAAAAAAAAAGAUGAUGAUGAUGAUGAUGAUGAUGAUGAAGAAGAGGAAGAAAAUUGAAGGAAUAGAAUAUGUAUAAUAGAUUUAAAAAUAAUAUUUUAUUAAUCAAUUUUCAUUCAUUGUAAUAAAUUUAUGAAGUUGUUCAGCUGUCGCAUUGAAUUAAAAUGAAAAUAAUAAUUUUGAGAAUUGAAUGAA